AUGAAGCUUCAGCUUUUACUGGUUGUUGUCUUAUGGGCAGCUUCCGAUGUCUUGGCCGACUUCAACUGCAGUUUAGCUCCAGAUCAAGAUAUGGAGCAUACAUGUAUGAUGAUCCAGGAGUGGGAUAGAAAUGCACGAAAAGCUAUUAAGAAGAGACAGGCAUUUGAAAAUCAAAUUGGUGCUCCUGGUGUUCCUAAUCAAGGAGGUUUUACUCCAGCAGUUCCACCACGCUUUGCUCCAUCAGCACAAGCUUGUAUGAGCAUUGCCUGCAUCUGUCCUUAUAUGGGGGGACGUAUGGGUGGAGGAGGAUGUGUACUUCCUAAUGGUCAGAUUUACCGCAUGGCUCUUAGAAAGGAGUACAGAAUGAUGACAGACAACGAGCGUAGUCGUUGGAACAGUGCCGUUGUUCAAUUAAAGAGAAGUGGAGAAUAUGAUAGAAUCAGUGUUAUGCAUCGUCAAGUCGGUUCUUCUUCUGGAGCUCACUCUGGACCAGGUUUCCUUCCAUGGCACAGAGAGUACAUGAAGAGAAUUGAAAUCGCUGUUCGUAUGAUCGAUCCCGGAAUCGCUAUGCCUUAUUGGGAUUCUGUUUUGGACAGUUAUCUUCCUGAUCCACGUGAUUCUAUCAUGUUCACUCCUUCAUUCAUGGGAGAAAUUGACGGUGCUGGUCAAGUCUCUCGCGGAGCUUUUGCUGGAUUCCGUACUCUCGAAGGACGUCCAAACAUUAUCCGUCGUCCAGCCACAGAAGGACGUCUUUUCAGUGAAACCAACAUCAACAACCUUUUGAGUCAAACUGAAAUUCAAAAUGUUCUUGCCUACACUGCUCCCCAAAGUGGUUGUCCAUUCCGUCCAAACUUUGGAGCUCUUGAAUACUCUCACUCAUCUAUCCAUUUAUGGAUCGGAGGAGAUAUGAAACCACCUAGCACCUCAGCUAAUGACCCAAUUUUCUUCCUUCACCAUUGCUUUGUUGACUUCGUCUGGGAAAUGUGGAGACAAGCCCGUCAGAAUCGUAUUGCUCGUGAAACGGCUUAUCCACCUGACAUCGGAACUUGUGCCAACUCUCAACACUUCAGUUAUUCUCAGAUGAGACCUUGGGACAAACAAAACAUUGAAGGAUUAUCUAAUGCUUACACCGAUAACCUCUAUCGUUAUUCUCCUCGCCCAACAUGCUCUCAUCAGAAUCCCAACUGUGGAUCACCUUAUCUGUGGUGUGAUACUCGUGGAGCUCCUCAUUGCGUCGUCAAGGUUAAGCAAAACGGAUUGUGCCGUGGAUUCGAAGGAUUCGAUGCUUGCUGGCAAGGAAGCUGUGUGAAUGGAUGGUGUCGUCCAGGUCCCGUAACUGCCACAACGAACAACAACUUCAUUCAACAAGUCACCCAAGCUCCAGCUGUUCAACAACCAUCUUCUAGACAGACUGUUGCUCCAACGAGAAAUCAACCUCGACCCUCAGCUGCUCCAACAACCCCAAGACCGACAUUCGCCUCUGCUGUCGCCAGCAACAACUGUUAUAAUGACGAUCCAUGUUGUGAUGCCUGGGCUAGACAAGGAGAAUGUCAAUCAAAUGCAACUUACAUGAAUCGUUAUUGCCGUCGUAGUUGUAGAUUCUGUACCAACCCAGCUGAUAACCGAACAGGAUGCCAUGAUCGUCAUGUCUCAUGUGCUUUCUGGCGUGCACAGAACUUCUGUAGCAGAAGACGACAAUGGAUGUCAGAAAACUGUCAAGCUUCAUGUGGAUGGUGUAACAUGAGUCAACAGCAGUUAUGUGCUUCUGUUGCACGUAUGAGCCGAUUGUAA